AUGCCACCUUCCCGGCCCGUCGUGCCAGAAACGAGGCAGCCGCUGCAGCUGCUCCCAGGGCCUGGCUCUGGCGGUGGUGUGGCCGCACCAUUGGCUCUUCGGCACGCAGGUGGGCCACUGCCGACAAGUAUGCGUAUGCGCGCAACGUACCUGCAGCCUCCUUCAUUUGGCUCGUCACCCUACCACCGUCGGAGCGGUGCGCCACAGUGGCAGCCAUCGACCGUCCGCGCUUCCGUUCCCGCUGCCGGCCGCGACCACACGCCCCCUCGUGCGCCGGGAUGGGCCAGCCUGAAGAAGCAGCCGCCGGUGCCCAGCUGGCGCUCGGACGGACGCCUGCCAACGACACAAGGCGCAAACCAGACCUUCAAGCUCCGAGACAAUCCUUCAUUAUGGGCAGCUGCCGUCGCUCGAGAGCCAAGCUUGUAUAAGAAGCUGCUCUCGGCGCCUCGUCUUGGUUUUGCUUCACCAGCACAUCAUUCCUCCUCCCUGCCUCCUGCAGCAAAGACAGCAAAGAUACCCAGAACCCUCCUCUCCUCUUCCGCCUUCUUCAAGAUGCGUUUGACCUUCCCUCUCGCCGCCGCCGCCUUGGCGCUUUCCUCCCCCGGCAGCACUGCGCACCCGACCAUUUCGUCGAGGGCCAGCUCCAGCGGCUGCACCGUCUACCUGAACAGCACUCGCACCAAGCCGGCGAACCCUGCCGAAAACAUCCUCAUGAAGACCAUGAUCAAGUGGAACAACUCGACCGACAGCUCGGGCUUCUCCUCGAGCUACUGCGACUGGUCCAACACGAUCCAGGACCCCUUCUCCAUCUUCUUCUACGCCGACACCAUCCCCGACUACGAGACGACGGACGCGCUGGCCGCCGUGCUCGACCCGUGGGUCGGCACCUGGCUGGUGUCGUCGACGCCCAAGCCCGCGACGGGCAACGCCGGCGAUUACAACAUCACGGCCGUUGAGUGUACGUCGGCUUGA